AUGAACAUACUUAUAUCAAAAUUCCACACUUCUUCCAUGCAUUAUACAUAUUGGAAGAGUGUAAAAAAUUUUGAUAGCUUCAGAAGGAUGGUAGAACGCAGUUGUCCAUCAGAUCCAUCGACACUCACUUUUGCAUUUUCUCGUUUAUCCCAGUUUUACAGAUCAAAUUCUCACAACAAUAAUUAUUACAACAUUUUUAAGUCACUGGAAUCUAGAGUUCUCACGGUUCCAGUUGAAGGUUGGAUUACAAGGGAAUUAUCUUCAGUAGCACUGUCACUUUCCUUUUUUAAACAUUGGAUCGACCAUAAAACUAUAUCUCAUAUGUUCAAAUCGUUUGAAAAUUCUAUUUGCAACCUGAAUGCUUUGGAUAUAUCACAUAUAAUGUGUUUCAUUGGCAAUCUCCGCAACAAUCAUGAUAUUGGUAUAAACGUAGAAUUGAAUAAUCUGUUAAAAAAUAUAUCAAAACAUCUAAGGCGCAGAGGAAUUCUACGUAAAAAUUUAGCUACUGCAAAAAACAUAAUCUGCAUAUUAUCAUCCUAUGCCAAACUAGACAUAACUGAUUCACAAUUGUUAUCGACGUGUUGUAAGGAAGUAAAUUGCAGAUUAAAUGAAUUAGCUCAGCCAUAUGAGGUUGCUAAUGCUUUAAAUGCAAUUUCACGUAUGCUUUCAAAGCACACAAGUGUUGAUAAGAUUGUGGAAACAGUUAUUUGCGAAUUGAUCACCAGAUUUACCGAGCUUGAGCAUGUGGAUAGUGAAUCAUUUGCAGAUUUCCUAGAUUCAAUUUCCCGACUUAUUUCACACGGUAAAUUGGAUUGUAUUGAUCAAUUGUUACGAAUAUUUACACAAACCAUCAAUAAACGUAAUGAAUUAAUUAAUUGUGAUGAACCUAAAGUGUUAAGGGUUAUACUGCGUUCGUUGAGGAAUAUCAACUUUAAACAUGAAACAUUCAUUGAACAUUGUUUAAAAAAUUGUGAAAAUGAUCACGAAUCUUGGAGUUUUGGCGCAUUAUGCGACCUAAUCUCUACUAUUGGCCAGUCAGAUACACAUAAAGGAUUUAUAAAUUCUCGAAUUAACCGUGUGAUAUUCAACAAACUAGCAAUUCAAAUGUCUAGGCGCAAAUACAUCCCUCAUCCAGACACACUAAUAAACUUGGCCAUAAUUUGCCAUUAUGAUUACAAACUGCUUUGCUAUGCAGAAAAGCUAAUUGUCUAUCUUUUGGUCACGAGUGUACAAAGUAAAAUACCAAUUUCUACUGUUGACAAACUGAAUGUCUCUGCUACAAUUUUGUUGCAGACUAGACCACAAAUUAUAUCAAAAUUGGACAUUAGUACAUUAAAAAUGCUAUGUGAUAUGGCGAAAAUGGAUAAUAUUAUAGGAUUCCAAAAUGUAAAUUUGCAACCUAUGUUAUCAGAAAUAGAAGGGCGCCUAGAACAAAAAUUUAAGCACCUAAUUGUACAAUAG